AUGGAGAUAAUGAGGCGCGGUCGAGUUAUUUUAGAAAGGAGAUCGCUCCCCUACUCGACUUCGACCCAUGUCGGUGUGGCUUCCCCUGCAAAUCUCCGACCCCGUCUUCCUCGCAGAGCCUCAUCUACUGUCCGAUCUACCUCCUCUACUCGUCUCGCUCGUCCCAAGACUUCACCUACAUCCCGGCCUGCCGCCCUUGUUCAUCCCCAGGCCCCGUCUACAACCCGACCCUUCACCCCGACGCCUCUUCAAUCAAUUAAUCCUUCCCGACCAACCUCCAUCCCUGGUCGCGAUCGCGGUCGAAGAUCAGCCAACAUACCUUACGCCACCCCUGCCUUCAGAGAAGCUUCUCAGGCGGCUCGUCGAGCACGUUCUGUAAACGACCGCUUGAAUCGUGAUGCCCCUUCUUCUUCUCGGCGUAGGGUUCGGAUACCUUCCGAAGAUUCUGACUCGGAUGACCAGCCUUUGGCUCAAAGACUUCGCCACAGGACCCCCAAUCCUAGCCAAGACUCAGGCCCCUCCGUUGUUCCUCCUCCGUGGCCUCCUGUUGCCACCACGACGCCUCCUAUUGCAACCACUACGCCUAUCCCGAGCCAGGCAGAUGCUACUCCUGCUCCACCUGAGGUUCCGACCGAGCCUCCACUAGCUCAACCUUCCACCUCGCAACAACAUCAAAGCACAGAAGCUGGCCCAUCACAUCGCCCUUCAUCAACUACCUCACCUCUAGAGCCUUCUCAUAUGCCCCCUUCAGCUCCUUCUGGGUCAGCUGCUGGGCCUUCUGGCUCAGCUACUGGGCCUUCACAGCCACCACCACCUGUUCAUCACUAUUAUCGUACCACUACCCCCAUCUGA